AUGUCUUCAAACGAGUCCAAAACCACUGCGUCAGCCCAGUUUCUGUCAAACAUUAUAGGCCAGUCGGUCGUUGUCAAGGUGCACAACGGUAUGCUCUACCAGGGAGUACUGGAGUCAAUCGACGGGUUUAUGAAUAUCGCUUUGAACAAGGCGACAGAGCAUUAUGAGAGCGAUGAAAAUGGACUGUUACAUAGAUACGACGGUGACGUUUUCGUAAGAGGCACCCAAGUCCUGUAUAUUAGCGAAGCAUAG